AUGAAGCAGCAGCCGGCUGCGGCGGCGAUGGCGACGAGCCCCGGUGGCGCCGGCACUGCGGUCCCGGCCUUCCUUAGUAAGCUCUGGGCGCUGGUGGGCGACGCGCCGAGCAACCAGCUCAUCACCUGGAGCCAGAAUGGCCAGAGUUUCCUUGUGUUGGAUGAACAAAGGUUUGCAAAAGAGAUUCUUCCAAAGUACUUCAAGCACAACAACAUGGCAAGCUUUGUGAGACAACUAAAUAUGUAUGGUUUCCGUAAGGUAGUCCAUGUUGACUCUGGUAUUGUCAAAUUGGAGCGGGAUGGCCCUGUUGAGUUCCAGCACCCUUAUUUCAAGCAAGGACGGGAAGAUUUAUUAGAACACAUUAAAAGAAAGGUUUCUUCUUCAAGACCGGAAGAAAACAAAAUUCGUCAGGAAGACCUGUCUAAAAUCAUAAGUAGUGCUCAGAAAGUUCAGAUUAAACAAGAGACUAUUGAAUCCAGACUCUCUGCUCUGAAAAGAGAAAAUGAAUCUCUUUGGCGUGAAGUAGCAGAACUGAGAGCAAAACAUUUGCAGCAGCAGCAAGUUAUUCGGAAGAUUGUACAGUUCAUUGUUACCCUUGUUCAGAAUAACCAGCUUGUCAGUUUGAAACGCAAGCGCCCAUUGCUUCUGAAUACCAAUGGGGCUCCAAAGUCCAACUUGUUCCAGCAUAUAGUCAAAGAACCUGCGGAAAACAAACAUCACGUACCACUCAACAGGACUGAUGGCCUAAAGCAAAGAGAACAGUUAUUAGAUGAUGUAAUUAUUUAUGAUAUCACUGAUGAUGAUGUUGAUGAAGAAAAGGCUCCAGUUACGCCAGAAACCAGUGAGGAUAUGGCUUCAGAUUCAAACUGUAGCCAUUCUCCUGAUAUUGUAAUAGUAGAGGAUGAUGAGGAGGACGACUAUGGUCCUAUAAUUCAAGAAAAUACAAGUGCUGCAUCAGUAACUGUUCCAUCCAGUGGUUCUGUCGGUUCUUCCACUGAUAGUUCAAGCCCAUUAAUGUCCAGUGCUGUGCAGUUAAACAGUCAGUCAGCUUUAACUGCAGAAGACCCAGUCUCAAUGAUGGAUUCCAUACUCAGCGAGAAUGGUGUGAUUUCACAAAAUAUCAAUCUUCUUGGAAAGGUUGAGCUUCUCGACUACCUUGAGAGCAUUGAUUGCAGUUUAGAGGAUUUCCAGGCCAUGCUCUCAGGACGCCAGUUCAGCAUAGACCCAGAUCUUCUAGUAGAUCUUUUUUCAAGUUCCGUGCAGAUGAAUCCUACAGGUCAUAUUAGUAGUACAAAAUUGGAGACAAAGGGAAUUGAAACUAUGAAGACAAAUGGCAGUCACCCAGCUGAUGAAGAUGUGCCUGAUUCUAAUCCUAAAUCAGAUAAACAGCUCAUCCAGUAUACUGCGUUCCCCCUUCUUGCAUUCCUUGAUGGAAAUCCCAGUUCAGCAGUUGAGAGUGCAAAUUCGACAUCUGAAGGGGUGUCUUCUGUAGAUAAACCAUUAGAAGUAGAUGAACUCCUGGAAAGCAGUCUAGAUCCUCAGCCAACCCAAAGCAAACUUGUCCGUCUGGAACCACUGACAGAAGCAGAAGCCAGUGAAGCUACGCUAUUUUAUCUGUGUGAACUUGCUCCUGUGCCAAUGGACACUGAUAUGCCACUAUUGAGCAACUAA